AUGUUUACCCGCACCCCUCUCGUCCUCCUUGCCUUAGGAGCACUCUCUCGAGCCCAAACCUAUAGCGCGACGUAUUUACCAUCGAACGCACCGCCACAAACUGAAGAGGGUCAGACAGGCACCAACAAGUGCGGGACGGGAUACAACCAGACAUCAGAGUGCCAAAACGCGUAUCUGAAUUCCGUCGAUGACUUCUGUCUAUUCGCGCCUCCGGAACCUGGCGCCAACUCGACCAUAGGCGACACAGAACGUAUCGAGGUCGCGUGGUGCAUAAAGUCGGGCUAUGGAGCGAGAUUGAUUCCAGACGGAACCAUCACUGGCGCGCACUUUGUGCAGACUCCUGAUUAUGUGCAAAUCACUGGUAUCGGCAAUCUGACGAAGAUCAAUAUUCCCACCGGGGACGCAGGUGGAGAGCUGGACCCGCACGGUGCAGACGGGAACGGCAACCCCGUUGGCGGACUCGUCUUCUCGAGUGCUUUCGGUGAUACCGUGCAAUUGCAUGAGUGGACGAACUACAUGUCCGAUACACAGUUCUGCUUCCGCGGCUGCAAAGAUGGUCCAAAUGCGCCUACAUUGUGCCAGCAUAUAUAUGACGUCUUGGGCUGUGCUUGGAACAUGCCAGCGAACUAUGGUGCCGGAGUUUUCGAACGAUGUAUGGGCGAUGAUGCUGAGCCAAUGGGUGUGUACGGCACAUCAACGUUCUACCAAGGUCAACCGAUGACGCCUUCUGCGCACCCCAUCCCGCCUUCGUCCCUCUGCACAUCACUCACAUCUAUUGGCAACGGCCUUGUCGCCGCGUCCUCUUCUGCCGUAAGCUCUUCUGCGACUACGACAUCUGCUCCGAGGUCAACGAGCGGCAGCGCGAGCUCGUCAUCGCACGCUACCGAGACGGGCGGAGCGAGCACCAGUGCAGGAAAGCGUCCCGGUGUGGAGUGGUCAAUGGCAUUCCUUUCGACGCUGAUCUGGCUUUCGGGACUUGACUUCUGA